GGUCUGGGCUCUUAUGGGUUAAUCAGUAGCCUGCAUGCUAGUAUAUGUUCCAUUUACAGUCAAACAUUUUGAUGUAUUCCAGGCUCAAUUUUGAUUAAUCAAAAAUCUGCGUAGUAGUACAGUCUGAAGAUGCUCUUGCACCUUCGGUGUCAAUUGAACAACAAUUAUGGGAGGAUAUAGGUUUAAUAAGUUUUACAAUUUUUGAAGUGAGUGAUGGAUUGAUAAGUUUAGAUGUGUUCAAUAUUUUCUUAUCUUCAGACAUAAUAGAGGAGAUGUUUCUUUACCUGCUUGAUAGUUUCGACUGAGACUCCAAUCUUCCUCAGAAGAGUCAUUAGUCCUUAAAUUAAAUUCAUUAUAGACGUGAAGUUAAAAUCAUUGUUUUAUUUUAUGGCCUUGGUGCCCUCAAAAAAUUGACAGCACAAAAGGCCAAGUGGCCUUGCCCCUAAAAUGACGAAAUUCCAGGCCUGGUGCUAUUAGAUAACUUGCGAACACAAGAUUAGAUAUGUGGGUCUCUAAAAAAGAAACGGUCUUGGCAAACCACUAUGGAAGUUGAAUGGCUGAAGGCUAAAUAUAUCACUAGUGAAAAUAAGAGGGGCUGUAAGGGAUAAGUUAUCAGAGAAGGCUCGAAUGUUGUUGGUUAUCUGCUGGAUAUGAGGAGCUUGCUUAUAGGAACAGAUUAGAGUGUAAUAAAUGCAGUAAAUACUAUUUGUGGGUUGGGUGUGUGUGUGUGUGCUUCUGAGAGAUUGUAACCACUGUAAAUCUUACCAUAUUGAUAAUAAAACAACAUAGAUCAAUCUGUUGUGACAUCUAUCUCAUUGACUGUGAAACAUUCUGUGGCUGUUGUGACUGCAUGCACGAACAUAUUGCCCUUAAUAUAUCUUUACAGUACAUGUAUAACAGGAAGACAGAGUCAUCUAUAUCCCCCACCCUAUACAGUAUACCAACUAUAUACCAAGUUCCAAGAUAUUGUCACAUUUUUCAAGUUCUGCUACAGGAAACCAACCCUACCUCUUUACAUUGACCUCAGCAGCCCAUGGCAUAAGCCCAGUGGACCUUUGGUCCAGGUGAGCUAAAAAUAAAAAUUUCUCACGUUUCUUAGUAUCAAAAGGCACAUAUCCAUACUUAAUCAACACAUAUACCAACUUUCAAGACCAUACCACUCAUAGUUUUCAAGUUCUGCUCCGGAAACAAAACCUACCCCUAAGACUAACCUGAGAGACUAAGUCUGAAAUUGUUUCCAUGGAAACAUGAAAAAUUUAAAUUUCUUAGUUUGAAAAGGCACAUCUACAUCACCUUGUUAACACGUAUACCAAGUUUCAAAUCCGUAUCAUGAAUAGUUUUGGAUAUAUGCUCCGGAAACCAACAUUGCUCUUAGAAACUAUGUCAAAAUCUAUUUUUUAUGUAAACAUUUGAAAAAUACUUUAAAAAAAAAUCCAAAAUAGCAAAAGGCACCAGUUCCCAUGUUGAUUGAUAUGUAUCCAAAGUUUCAUGACGAUAUCUUCAGUAGUUUUAAAGAUAUGGCCCGGAAACGAAAACGUGACCGUACGGACGGAACCCUUUUCUAUAUCCCCCAUCAAACUUCAUUUGGGUGGGGGAUAAUAAAGAAGUAUUUGAGCCAACAGUGAAAUUUAAAAGUAUGCCACUCCAUUCAGUGUAGGUGUACAAAGCAGAUAUUUAUAUCCUUUGGAUCACUGUAGUUAGUGAUCCUAAUCCAAACAGAGAUAAGCAGAAACUUACAGCUCAUUGUAAUUGCUGGUUAUAACUGCCUUAUAUUUUAAUAUGAAUAAGCUGAUGUUGGUAAAGGACGAGUUAAUAUUAUGCUGCCUAAAUGAUGCAAUUUCCUAUGUUAAUUGAACUACAAGGAGAAGUUAUUACAGAGUAACAGACAUAUAAAAGAGUCAUAAAAACUAUCCAGCCUGGUCCUGCUCCAAACGACACAGAUAGGCCUACAACCUUUAAUCGCUGAUUUGUUGAAGUGUUACAUGAGAAAGAGGCUGAAGUCCAGUGCUGAUAGGCUCAGGGUGUGUGGCCUGUGACCGUUUCAGAGUGGACUCUAAGAUUCAUAUUGGGACUUUCUUUCUUUCUUUUCAGUUCUAUCUCACUAAGAGUAAGGGUUGUGUGUGUAAGUAAUCUGUAGCAAAUACAUGGUGAAUACACGUGAUACAUGGUGAAGGUGAGUACGUUGAUUUUUUUUUUUAAGUAUCCCAGUUCCACUAGUUACAAAUGAAAAAAUAUAUGUAGUAUGUAAUAGAUGUAUAUUACCUUGUACAUAGAGUACUACUGAAAUUUUCCUCACUUGAAGUGUAUUUUAAUAUCACAGUGAAAUAUAGUUAAAUUGAGUGCUUAUUAUGGUUAUUAAUCUGUCUAUUAUUCUCAUGCUACUAAAGGAUGACACAUUUCAAGGGUAACAUGAUCGCUUUCCUGAGCAUUGCCAUUUCAGCUGGAGUACUAACUGCACAACAGCAAGCUAAAAACAUCCAUCUUCUUUCUCCAGAAGAGCACAAAUUCAUUCAAAAUGUCGGACAUAAAGAGUUACCCAGGGAUUGUCAUGAGCUGUGGGAAAGUUCUGGACAUCAGGCACGGGAUGGAGUCUAUAUCAUCAAGCCCAGAGACUCACCCAUUGUAGCCUUCUGUGCAAUGCAGAUCGGUGGCUGGACUGUUAUCCAGCACAUCACAGUCAACAGCAGUGUGGACUUUGACCUCUCCUGGGAGGAGUACAAGUUGGGCUUUGGAACUUUGACUGGCAACCAUUGGCUGGGCAAUGAGUACAUCCACCAACUCACCAGUGGACCCAUCCGCUACAAGCUGGGCAUCAAGCUGGUGGACAAAGAUGCCGUAACCAAAACAGGUGAAUAUGAUCCAGCACUGGUGGAAGGAGAAGAUUCACAGUACAGGCUGCGUCUGGGCUUGUACCAUGGCACUGCUAUGGAUGCUCUCACUCUGGACCCAGAGAACUACCUCCAUGACAACCAGAAGUUUACCACCAAGGACCGUGACAAUGAUAACUAUUUCCAGAAUUGUGCCAAGCUAGAGUUCCAGGGAGUUGCAGGUGGGGGGUGGUGGUAUGAUGCUUGUGCUGGUGCCAACCUCAACCGCAGGAACGUCAUCUAUUGGCAAAAGGACUGCAACAAGGAGCACCUGUGCAAAUACGCCUGGAUGAUGGUAAAGCCUUCAGAUAUGGUCAAGAUCAUGCGUUCUGCAGAUUGCAAUAAGGAUGAGCUCUAAGCUUAUUGCAUAAUAUUCAGAGUGUGAGAGGGCUGAUCUGUACAAAAUCAUAAUAAAUUUUCUCUUGAUCACCCGAUAAAAAAUAUCAAUCAGACUGUGGGAAAGUUGAUCUUCAGGAAAGACAUGAUAAGUUUUGGGCUUUUUAAAGACUGGAUCUUAGAUCUAUUCAACUGUAAGUUUCUUUUAUAAAUAUAAAAUUACUAUACAUGUAUUGGGAGUAACAA